AUGCCGGACAUGGAAGCCGCCGCCGCCGCCGCGGCCGCUGGAGAGCUGGCUGCCACUGCCCCUUCCGCCUCAUCAGCACAGCGUACGGCUCGUCGCACAUCGGCUUCGUCCGACUCCGAAGGCCCCUCUCAUCGCCCUGGCGGUGGCAGCACCAGCAACGCCGCCUAUGCCAACCUCCCCGCCAGCCCGCCUCCGCCGCAGCGCCGUUCCAGCAUCGGCAGCGGCUCGCUCCUGGACCACGAGCAACAGCUGCGGGAUCGCGCCGCCGUCGCUGCUUCGACCGCCAACGCCCGCAACCGGUACUCUUCCGACGGGCGUAGCUCCUUUGACCAGCUCAGAUCGAUGCACGAUGCAACCACCGACCCAACCCGCCAGGCGGCCACGAGCAUAGGUGCCGACGGCGUCGCGCGGCCUGCAAGCAGGCUCAGCAUGGCCUCGGGACGUUCGGUCCGCAACGCCGAGAUCGACGAAGGCAGUGUGGGCCACGUCCUCGGCGAUGCACAUGGCAGCGGGGACCACGACGACUACGACGCCGACGAAGGCGGGUUCGUGCCGCGCAGAAAGGAUCGCCGCACCACCUCGUCCAUCCUACCGCCUGCAGGCUUCUUUGCACCAAAGAAGCCAAACGCCCGCCAUGGCGCCGUCUCGCCCAUCUUGCACGACCGUAGCCGCAGCCCCUUUUCCCAGCUCGACGACCAGCAGCAGCAGCAGCAGCAGCAGCAGCAGCAGCAGCAGCAGCAAAACCAGCAGCUAGACCCCUUCCGAGCGGCCAACAGUGCUUCCAACCUCAGUCUGCAGGGCGAUGUAGGCGUUCGCGGCAAUCGAUCGCCCAGUCCGCGAGGCUUUUCGAGCUCCGUCUACUCGCUCUCGAGCGCUACGCAUAUCGGUUCGAUGCCUGCCACCGUCAAGGACAAGCAGGCCGACGCCCGCUCGUUUGGCACGCCUUCCACGUCCCACGCGCGGCUCGCCUCGUCCGAUGCCGAUGCCAAAGUCGACGGCUUGGCUCCGGCAGGCCGCGGCCACUCCGGAUCCGUCAGCUCGACGCUCAAGAUGGCCGCCAGCACCGACCCACUCAUCCCUGCGCGGGCGAUCCCAGGUGCAGGUGCCGGUGUUCACCGGGUCGGAAAAGCGCCCGGAGCCGACUCGCCCGAACACUUCCUGCAGGCCAUGGAUCGGCCGGGGCUGCGCGCUUACGAGGAGCAGAGCUACACGCUCAAGAGCGACAAGGCCCACCUGCGGCACAGGACAGACCCAGCUUUCAGCGGCGGAGGCGGAUCCCCUGACCGGAUAGCGUCGAGGCGCCAGUCGGCGCUCGCGGCGAGCCGCCAUUCGUCUGCGGCCACGGCCGGUCGAGGAGGCGCCUCGAGCGUGUCGAUCACCAUCCCGCCCACCUCGCUGCCCCGCAAGCGCAACUACCGGCUGCAUAGCGGGUCCAACCGCUUCUUCUGCCACGGACUCGUCAUGACGUCCGGCGGCAACCCGCUGCCGUUCCUCGGCUCGCUCGCCUACGCGCUGGCCCUGGGCGGCCUCUUUCUCGGGUUCGAGGCAAGGUGGCUCGUCGACAACGUCUCGCCCGCUGUCGUGGCCGUGUUCGCCUACGUCUACCUGCUGAUGCUCGUCAACAUGCUCGUCACGGCCUGGAAGGAUCCGGGCGUCGUGCCGCGCGAUCUGGAUCCGGAUCCGCCGUGCACGCUGGGCCAGGCAGGUCCGCAGGAUUCGCAACCGUUUGCCGACCCUGCGGAUCCGCUGGCGAUCCCCGUGCAGCGCGUGGUGCGCAUCCGCGGCGAAGACGUGCGCGUAAAGUGGUGCGAGACGUGCGGCACCUACCGUCCGCCCCGCAGCAGCCACUGCCGCGUGUGCGACAACUGCGUUGAAAACAUCGACCAUCACUGCGACUUUCUCAACACGUGCAUCGGCCGGCGCAACUAUGUGCCGUUCAUGGUGUUCCUCACGGCCGGCAUCCUCUCUGCGCUGCUGGUCAUCGCCUUCACCGUGAUCCACCUCGUCUUCCUCACGCGGCCCUCGAGCUUCACCUUCCCGCGCGGCCAGCCGGCGCCGGACAAGAGCUUCCGCGAGGCGCUGGCCGACACGCCCGUCUCUGCGGUCCUCUUUGUCCUCACCCUUUCGGGGCUGGGCCCGAUAGCGACGCUGUUCGCCUACCACGUCCGCCUCAUCCUCCUCAACCGCACCACCGUCGAGCAGAUCCGCAUCUCGACGGCGCGCGAGUUCGGCGCCGAAAAGAGGUACGAGGACGACGACGACGUCGACUCCGUCUACGGCCGUCCUGGCGGGCUGAGCAACCCAGUGUCGAUGUACUGCUGGGCGGCGCUGGCCUUUUGCGGCGUCAAGAAGCCGUCGGGCCGGAGGGAAAAGGACCCCAACCCGUUUGCGACGAGCAGCGUUGCCAAGAACGUGCGCAACGGCCUCGGGUGGAGGAGCGUGCAGCUCGAGAGCUGGAUCGAUCGUACCGCCUGGCACGUCGACGAUACGCGGAGGGUCAACCCCGGAUGCCGCUUGGACGGCACGGCGGCGGCAGCAGCGGCGGCGAUGACGACGGGCGUAGCCUGA